CCGCAGGUCGUACGAUGCAAGUCAAAAACAACACUCACACAAAACAAAAAGAGGCGUACAGAAACUACCCUAAGAAAACGACAACCCAACACCGCGCAACCAUUAGAUCAAAAAGACGGGAAAAAAUUGGACGGACUCCUGAGCCCACAACAACCCAGCUGAAUUCUGAGACGACAUUGUUCCUCGAAUACAGCUGUGGGAAGGCAAGAACGAAGCAAAAGGACGCUGUUUUGAAGUCAGAGACGUGUGGGAAAAAAGGGAAAACAAAAACUGGGAAACAACUCUCGCAAGUACAAAAAGCACACGGACGAAAUCUAGCAACUUUAAAAGAAAGAAUAGUUUUGCCGCCCUAUUGUCAAUUUCAGAAUUUUCAGUGCUGCGACGUGAAGGGAAGCGAAGAUCCUUCUGCUGCCGCUGGUGAUCAGAAAUUGAGCGCCUCCACUGAUUCCGGCAUCGACAGGAUACGUUCUUAUCAGUUAUUAAGUUCUUAUCGGUUAGAAUUUGAAUGUUAGAAUGUUAGAUUCAUGAGGUUCUUAUUAAGAUUCUUAUCUGUAGAUUCAUGAUGUAAGUAUCUGUUAGAUUUGAUUCAUGAUCGCCUAAAGAUUAUUGCUAUUCUAGUAGUAGAAGCAUUGAAAUCUAGAUAUAGAAACAAGUUCAUUGAUAGAUGCGAGCGAGGAUAUUGCAGGAGGGAUGUUUGGUGUUUGCAUCAUUAUGGAUCAUUGCUUGAAACAUCAACAUGGUGAUAAGGAUAUUGCAGGAGGGAUGUUUGGUGUUUGCAUCAUUAUGGAUCGUUGCUUGAAACAUCAACAUGGUCACUGUGUUAUACACACACCUCAUAAUGUUUGACGCACAAAGGAAAAGAAGGAACCAAGCAAGACCCAAAAGGGGUCCUUACACUAUUUUAAUGAAUCUUAAACGAUACCUUAUUUAGAAAUUCCAAUAAAUUUUUUGAUAUGUGUGAAAAGCUCAACAAAUAAAA